CAUCUGCCCUGCAUGCACACAGCAGCCGUGGGGCUGGGCGUGGCAGGUGCCAGCAAUACCCCAGCGGCCCCCAGCCCUGCGGGGGCACGGGGCAGGGGGCAGGGGCCUGGCCUGACGGGGAGCAGCCAGGGAGCGCCCUUGGUCUUGCCCCAGCCCACAGCCAGCAGCGGGCCCUGCACCCAGCCCCGGCACCGGGGCUGCUCCCGUCCCCAUCUGCACCUGAUCCCCGUGUUCGCUCCACUCCCACCCCACCCCAUCCCAUCCCACCCUGUCCCGUCCUGUCCCACCCCACGCCACCACCACAGCCGCCCCUCUCCCAGCACCGCAGUCACGCCACGCUCCCGUUCCGCUCGCUGCGGCCAAGCCCAGCCGCGCGAAGAACGGAUGGACAGACAGACAGAGGGAUGGACGGACAGACGGACACUGCCCCCGGCACCCGCCCGUGCCCGGAGCGAGCCCGGAGGGGCCGGCGGCCGGAGGGCGCGGUACGAGCACGGCCGCAGGAAUGCGGGGCCGGCCCCGGGCCCCCGCCCCGCCCGCAGAGCAAACACGGCGGGGGCGGCCCCGGCGGGGCCCCGCUGCCGCCCGACGGGGGCCCCGCGCGGCGGCUCGCGCCCGACCGGGAGCGUCGCGGGUCCGCCGUUGCCCCGCGCCCACCGGCCCCAGGAGCCGAGCGGGGAGGGCGGCACCGGAGCGGGGCUGCCCGGGGGCUGCCGCCUGUGCCCCCCCUUCCCCCGGCCAUGCAGGGGCACGGGCGGGGCGCGGGCGUCGCGCGGCUGCAGCAGCGGCUCGGGGCCGCCACGCAGGAGAACGCCCGGCUGCGGUGCACCCUGCGGCAGGCCGAGGCCGGCAUCUCCCAGCUGCAGGCAGAGCUGGAGCGGCUGCGGAAGGACUUCGGGCAGCGGGCGCAGCGGCGCACGAGGGAGCAGCAGGCCCUGCGGGAGCUGGCAGAGGAGAACCUGGUCUUCAUGAGCUACGUCAGGAUGCUGCAGGCGACGAACAGGAGCCUGUGUGAGAGCAACAGCAGCCUGCGCUCAGCCCUGCUGCUGGGCUCCUGCCGGGGCCCUGGAGCGCCAUGGCCCCCCCUCCAGCCCCGCAGCCCCCUCGCUGACCCCUCACCCUGCCUCCCUGAGGACACCCACGGCAGGUACAGGGGGGGCGGCUCUCCACGCCCCCAGCUCCCCACCACAGGCCCCCGGCAGAGCUCAGCCUCCAGCUCGGACACAGCCUCGCUCAGCGAUGCCAGCAGCUGGAGCUCGGAGGAUGCGCGUCCCCACAGCCCCUGCUGGGGCACCCAGGACCCCGUCCCCCCGGCAGAAGGCUGCUGCCACCCAGCGCAGCACUGCUGCAAGAGGAAGCUCCCUGCCUUCCCUCCGGAGGGGUCCAGGGCAGCAGAGGAGCCUGCGCCCCCCUGCCCCGUGUACCGGCUGGUGCUGGCAGGUGACAGUGGCACAGGCAAGUCCAGCUUCCUGAUGCGCCUGUGCAUGAAUGAGUUCAGAGACAUCUCUGCCACACUAGGGGUGGACUUCCAGAUAAAGCAGCUGCUGGUGGAUGGGGAGCAAACUACGCUGCAGAUCUGGGACACAGCUGGGCAGGAGAGGUACCGGAGCAUUGCCCAGUCCUACUUCCGCAAGGCCCACGGCGUGCUGCUCCUCUACGACAUCAGCUCCCAGAGCAGCUUCAUCAGCAUCCGCCAGUGGAUUGAGGACAUCAAGCAGGCUGCUGAGACAGCGCUCCCGCUCAUGCUGGUGGGGAAUAAGACUGACCUGCGCCCCGGCCUGCCAGAGGCAGCGGGGGUCAGCACGGCCCACGGGCAGAAGCUGGCCAUGGCCCACAACUGCCUGUUCUGCGAGACCAGCGCCAAGGACGGCACCAACGUGGUGGAGGCUGUGCUGCACCUCGCCCGGGAGGUGAAGAGGACGGCGGGCUCGAGCAGCGGCCGCGGUGUCUGCCUGGAUGCGAGCAUCCCUCCCCCGAGGGCAGCCCCGGGCUGCUGCAGGGCCUAGCGCAGGAGCGGGCGGGCUGCAGGCCAUGGCCCGCCCCCGCCCGCAGCUCCCCCCGGCUCCCGGCCCGCCGUGCCGCCCGCUGCCCCUGCAGCUCCCCCGCAUCCGCGCCGCCUCCCUGCUCGGCCCCCACUACAGCUCCUUCCACCCCAGACGCCGUCCUCCGCUGGUUUCAUUUCUCUGCUGGUUUCGUUCCUCCGGGCUUCCAGCGCAUCCCCGUCCUUCCGCCGUCCCCCGGGCGUCUUCCCCUCGCCUGCCCCGCCAGGGCCCGGCCCCCCCCGCACGCCCGCAGCCGCGGUCGGUGUCCCCCGAGGCGGCGCCCGCGGAGCCCUGGCAGGCUGCGCCCUCCCCUCCCGGCCUCAUCUUUGUUUCUCACCGUGAGGCUGCGGCCGCUCCGCGGCGCUGCCCCCCCCCCCCCCACCAGUCCGCUCAGCGCCGGGGGCGGCCCCACCGGGCAG